UAUCUAGACCACAGAACUAGUCAACGGAUUUUCGCACAUCAAUCGCUGCCAACUCAAACGUAACUGCAUAACGUGCGUUUUAUCUGUCAAGAUUCAAUUCUGACACCCUUAGCAGGUGUUGUGUAGCGUGCUAUAUUUAAAACUAGUGAGCAGCGCCAGCAGAGCAUGUGAUGUGUGUCAUCUCUGCUCUUCGAUAGUCGCUCCAGCCUCCCCGUCCAGAAAGCUGCAGUGCAGGUCUGCUAAUAAUACUAGUUAGCUAAUUAGCCAGCUAGCUAACAUACAUUCCCACUGAUGGCAGCGGUUAGCUCGCUGUAGCUACCAACUUUUAUCGCACAAAAGAAAAUUGCAACUGGUUCAGUUACCAGAAAAAUACAAGGACGCGCACAACUGUCUGUUUCCAUGAAUCCAGCAGGUUUUCGUGAAGCUUUGCUUCGUGUACUUAGGCUUUAAGUAGCGCGAAUGUCAAAAUAAUAUCUUUUGAAUGUAGCUUGCCACACGGUGCAGGGAAAAGGAGCUAACCCACUGUAACUUUAGCUAACAAACAAGCAAGGCGGCUGGUGUAACGUUAAAAAGGCGGUGAACGAUGAAGCCAGUUAACGUAAGUUCUGUUCUGUAACGUAAGAAAAAACGAAUCCGAGUAAAUGUAUGUAAGCCGUGUGGGCAUCUGGCAACAGUUAAAGUGGCUACUGAGGGGGUACCAACCCUUGUGGACUCCUCACACCACCGGAGUAAAGUGCUGAAUGCUAGCUUAGCUUUAGCUCCCUCAACCACACAUCAGCUGACAUCCUUCAGGCGAGCAGGCACAGCCAGCCAUGGAUCAACUCAAAGUCAAAGACAGGAUCCUCGAAAACAUCUCUCUCUCAGUAAAGAAGUUGCAGAGUUACUUUGCUGCAUGUGAAGACGAGACUCCAGCCAUUAGGAAUCAUGACCGUGUUCUCCAGCGUUUAUGUGAACACCUGGACCAUGCUCUGCUAUAUGGGCUGCAAGACAUCUCUUCAGGUUACUGGGUCCUAGUUUUACACUUUACACGACGCGAGGCCGUCCGGCAGAUAGAUGAACUCCAGCACAUAGCCACCAACCUUGGCCGAAGUCGAGCAUGGCUGUACCUGGCACUCAGUGAAAGCUCUUUAGAAAGUUACCUCCGUCUUUUCCAGGAGAAUCAAGCACUUCUUCACAAAUAUUAUUUCAAAAAUGCCUUGGUUUGCAGUCAUGACCACCUGACACUGUUUCUUACACUUGUUUCUGGGCUAGAGUUCAUCCGUUUUGACCUUGAGCUGGAUGUUCCAUACCUGGAUGUGGCGCCUUACAUGCCAGAGUACUACAAACCACAGAAUCUCUUGGAUUUUGAGGAGAGAUUGCCCAGUUCUGAUAGCCUAUCAUUGCACUCAUUCACAUCCCUCACCUCCACUAAUCUUGAAUGGGAUGACAGUGCCAUUGCCCCUUCGAGUGAAGAUUAUGAUUUCGGUGACAUCUUCCCUGUGUUGCAGUCAAUGCCAAAUGCAGACUGGGAAGAAGGAGACCUAACUGACCCGGUCAGUGGGCCUCGCUCUUCAGCAUCUGACCCUCAGACAGUGAUCAGUGACUCUGUAGUGAUCAGGACUGCAACAGCCCAGGUCAGGAGCACAUCUCUGUCUCGCAGCCCAACGUUUCGACACAACCCCUUUAAUGAGGACUCGGACACAAACACUUCAGCUGACGUGACUCCAGUGCACACAGCCACCCGCCAUGAUGGCACCACUGGAGAUGAUACUGAGAGUACCAGCACAGAGCUGGAGGUUAUCAGGAUGGCUAGACGGAGGAAGCCUGGUAAGAGACGACGGGGGAAGGGAUCAACCGGCUCGGCUGGCAGUGGGCACAACAUGGCUUCUCCUGAGCCAGCAGAAACUGAGGAAUCCCUUCAGAUUGUGUGUGAGAGGGGCAGUGCACAGGAUGCUGCGUCUGGAAGCAGCUGGAGACCGCUGGAUGGACCAGAUGGCUCAGCACAAGACUCCGCACGAACCCGCACAGAAGAUGGGGAGGAUGAAGAGGCUGAGGCUCUGUUGCGGCUGCCUGAGAUGACAGACACCUCCAUGGACAGCGUGGGUCAGCCGCUUCGAGAUGUAAUGGACAGGUUGAAUGGGGCUUUGGAUGGAAACAGCUGGGCGAAACAAGAGGAGGAUGAAGAGGGUGCGCAGAAUGGUUCCACGGUAGAUAACCCUGCUGCAGCACCUCUUCAGCAUCAGCCCUUUCGAGAGGACGCAGGAGGCGAGCCUCCAGACCCAAACUGCCAGCCUUUGGCCCCUAGCCCCAACUUCCUCCAGGCCGCCGCACCUCCUGCAGACUUCUACUGCUUUACCCCCAACAGUCCAGACCCUACUGCCCAGAGUGGUGGGCACCAUGACUCUGCAAGGCAUGGCCAGUCGCAGGCUGUACUUGGUGGCCAUGAAGAUGAAAGAGAAGGAGAAGCAGCAGAGCAGAAUGCCUCCUCCCUCCUCCUAGAGGAGAAGGAGAAAGAAGCUUGUGUGGAUGUGAUGCAGCAAAAUGGUUCUACUGAAAGUAAAGCUGAAGAAGAGCAGGAAGUUGAAGGAGGCAGUCCAACAGAGAGUUCUCAUCCUGCAGAGUUCAGGGUAGAUAACAAUCACCUACUGCUACUCAUGAUCCAUGUGUUCAGGGAGAAUGAAGAGCAACUCUUUAAGAUGGUGAGGAUGAGUACAGGCCACAUGGAGGGGGAUCUGCAGCCACUCUAUCUACUGUUAACAGACUGUUAUAUUUAUCUGUUGCGCAAAGGGGCAGCAGAAAAGCCAUAUACUGUAGAGGAAGCUGUGUCCUAUAGUGAGCUGGAUUACAUAUCUGUGGGUUUAGACCAGCAGACAGUCACUCUGGUGUGCACCAACAGAAGAAGACAGUUCCUGCUGGAUACUGCAGAUUGCUCACUCACUAUCUGGUUUCUCAGUGUGCUGAAGUCAGCCAUGAUAAAUGGUAGCAGGGAGCCGCCUUACCCUGCUGUCCUGACUGAUGCUACUAUGGAGAAGCUGGCCCUCACUAAGUUUGUGUGUCAGGAGUCCCACUGUGAGGUGUCGGAGGUCAGUAUUCGUCUGUAUUGCCUGGUUCACUGGGAGGACCCCAUGGAUGUGGCUUUGGGCUCUCCUACCUCUGCGUCAGGCUCAGGAAUAUCACGCAGCACCAAGGAGGGUGCUCUUCUGUACCGUGCAGGGACUUCAUAUCUGGGGAAGGAGUUGUGGAAGAGCUGUUAUCUUGUGCUAAGUAAUGGCAUCCUCUACCAGUAUGCUGAGAGGACUGAUGUUACUCCGUUGAUGUCUAUUACCAUGGGGGGUGAGCACUGUGGAGGCUGCAGGCGCUCAAACAGCACAGAGAGGCCACACGCGUUUCAAGUGAUUCUAACAGCACGUCCUCCUCUGGAGCUGAGUGCUGAGAAUGAACAGGACAUGGCAGACUGGAUGCAGCUCAUCUGUCAGGCUGUGUCUAAAGGGGUGAUUCCACAGGGAGUAGCGCCCACGCCUUGUAUCCCAUGCUGCCUUGUUCUUACAGACAAGAAGCUGUUGACAUGUCAUCAGGAUUGCCAGACCAGUUUUUUCCGUUCACUUGGUGGAGCUGACAUCAGUGACGUCACGGCUGUUUGCCUAGAGGAGGAUAAAGAGUUUUGUGUCAUCGAGUUUGCAGCCGACCGGGCUCAUUUCCUGCCUCCUUGGGUCCUGUAUUUUAGUGGUUGUGGGGAGAGGGAUCGGCUCCUGGAAGAACUUGAUAUUUUGUGGACGUCUGUUUUCCAGGUGUGUCUACCUCGUAAGACUGUGUCAGACAUAUCAGUUCAGAAGAGGUGCAGGGAGGCGCUGGAGCUAAUGAGGAGUGCCUGGCAGAGGAGUGACAGUCUGCACCGAGGCAGGUCCCAGAGAGAGCCCUGGUGCUGAGAUCCCAUCGCUCACUCUAAAGGAACACAAUAUAGGACACUACAGGGCCUUCACUAAUACUCCCGCUAUUAACAUAGGUAUGAACAUGAGGCUGCGUGUUUGACAGGAACAAACUUUGUUCACCAGUGAGUUGACAUUUACAAAUCCAUGACAAGGAUCAAAAUUAAAGAGAAAAUGUUGGGAGCAUGGGAAAAACUUCAAUUAUAUUGUCCUGCGGUAUCAUUUUGUUUACACCUGCUUUGCCUUGCACAAAUAUUUAAUGAAAGGACUUGUGGCAUACUAAACCUUACACUUUCAGAAAUGGAGAGGGCAAAUGAAACACAGAAAAAAGCCUCAAUGCGCUGUCAACACUGCACAGUUAUUGACUUGAAGAGAAGAUCAAAACCUGCAUCAUAAAUGUACAGAAUGUGUACAGUGUAAAUACACAAUAAUUGAAUGCCUAUACUGUUCAUAUUAUGUUCCUGCUUGUAAAAGUCUUUCUAUUGAUGAAUACCUCACUAAAAUCCAUAUUAUGUAUACAGGGGUACUUGUUGCUGAUGGACUUGAAUGAAAGUUUACGGUCUUGACUGUUACAGCAACAUUUGAUCCAGUUGUUUUAAAUUAUUUUCUGGCUGCUGGAGGAAGAUACGGUUCAUAAUCCUGAAUGUAUGAGUCAAGCCAGCUUGCCAAAGUCAGCCUGUGUGGAGAUGGACAGAACAAAGCGAGGGAGCAGUUUAUAAACUAAUGUUUCCUUGCAUCAUAAUGCAAGAUUGCACAAAAACAUUUUUUUUAUUUUAUUAAGCUGUACUGACUUUAUUAAUGGGCUGAAUGUGAUUGCUAUGGCAUAGUGGCUAAGAGCAUUAUAAUUAGACAGUUUAGAUAUUUAGGUCAUCAGGUUGUCUGGCUGUCUGAAACUUCUGCUAUUUUUUUAUUAUUUUCUUUCCUGGUGUUUUAAGCCAGUUGGUCAUGUUACACAGGUGCAUUCUGAAAAGAAAAUGUGGAGUGUUUUUAAGUCCUUAUUGACCACCAGAUAGUGAGGCAUCCUAAAAAAAACUUUUAAGUACCCUCAACAGAUGUUGGUGGUAUGUAAUACACCCAGCCCAUCAACAGUUUAUACUUUUAUUUUGUUCGUGUACCUUGUCUUUUAGCUGUACACUUGCAGGUACAUCUCCUUGUUGGAAAGGGGAGGGCAUCAGUUUUAUUUACAUUGUUAUCAUGUUUGUUUUGUGUUGCCUUAUCCCUUACAAAAAUAGCCUUCUUUUAAAACCAGAGAGAAAUUCCAGCAGUUUUUCAAAAUGUUUGCAUAAUUAAGUCACUGAGACGUUAAGAUGUAUACAAAAGUAAUUGAGUGGUUUGAUGUGCAAUGUUCUUUGCUAUUGAAACUUAGAGUCAGAAUUGUUCACAGUGGUGGUGAUAGGAACCAGACAUCUGAAGAGUUCACUGGCUCUAAAAGCUUCAUCACAUAAUUUUCGGCGUGAAAGGCUUACGGACAUGCUGCCUGUUGUCUGACAUUAUUUUAUGAUAUGUUUUGGCUACAAGACAUGUAGGUUCACCAGUCAUUUUAGAUAGCAAGUGCGACCCCUGGUUCCUAUCACCACCUCUAAAGAAAUCUGAGUCGCUAAGUUUCUUGACAAUUAACCAUUUCACACUAAAACACUCUGAAUGGCUAUUAUAUCUUGAAUAUUGAAUUAUGCAGACAUUUUGAAAAAUCUAUGGAUUUGCUUAUUUGAGCCUGUGCUCCUGUAUUGACUAAUCUGGUCUGAUUUUAAGACUCACAGAUUUUUUUGUAGGGUUGCUGUAUUAGUUUGACUUUUACAUACAUAGGCCUUCUGUUUCAUCUAUGUGCAAUGAAUGGUAUACCGUCUCAUCAUUGUCCCCUAAUAUUGGUUUAUCUAUAUUUGAGGACAGCAUAUUUUUCACUGACUCAUGCCAUAAGAACAAUGUUUUGCUUCUUUGGUUACAAAUGAAAGCAAUUAACCGUUAUGUUGCAGUUCUAUUGUCUAUAUUGUCUAGUUAUAAAGGCAUUUCCUUUUUUUUUUUUUUUUUUUUGUUUAGAUGAAAUGCUCAACCAUUCCGUGAUUCUAGCUUACUGUUAGGUGGAGUGCACACUAGAAAUUCUUCCAGCGGUCAAAAUGUUCAGUGGUUUAAAAGAAAGUUUACUUGAGUACGUUUUGGAAGGUGUUUGCCAGCCGGGGAUGACUAUGAUGGAAAUAGUGUUGAAGUUUGUUCAAAUUAACCAUGAUGGACUUGUGUAUGUGGACAUUGCUGGGCAAUGAUGGAUUACAUUUGGCACAUUAAAAUCGUACAGAAGCAUUUUACAUGUAUUUUAAUGUAUAUGUACAUUCUUUGUUUUGUAUUUAGUUGCUUUUUUAUUUAUAUCUGAUGACGAUGUCAAAAAGAAGUAAUUCAGUCUAACACUUAUUUUCCCUAAACACUGCAUGUGCUGAUUUUUCUUUGAAUGUUCAUACAAUAUAUAUUUUUUUUGUAAAUAAGAAUAAACAGAUCUCAAAUGUA